AUGGCCGCCAACGACUACUAUCACGCCAACAUCCCCAGUCCUCCAAGCUACGAGCAAGCAGCACCAGGGAGGACAACUCCAGCUGCUAGUACGACCGGUGCGCCUGGUGUCGCCCCGGGCCUGGGCUACGCCAGUAGCAGUCCCUCUCAUCGCGACGACCCUUCGGCCCCUUAUCACAAUCGCGAGAGCCAACAAUCAUUCCUUUCAGAUGGAGGAUACCAUGCGGCGGGACGGGUACCAGAUGGCGAUCACUACGCAGAGAAUAUUCCGUUGAAGGCGCAAACGCAAUUUGGCAACAAUCCAGAAUGGAUGCAGCAGCAAACUCAAUACCCCCCAUACCCGGCCUCGCCAGGCGCAAUCGAAAAUCGCGGUCGCGGCAAUCCCCGUCAAAGGAAGCGCGGGUUCUUUAAAAAGAAGCCCGCCUUCGUAACAUGGACAUUGACGGUGGCUAUGAUUAUCGCUUUUAUCAUUGAAUUGGUGAAGACUGGCCAAAUGACCGGAUCGCCAAUCACGAAACCAUCGAAUAACCCGUUCUUGGGGCCUUCCGCCUAUAUGCAGAUUUACAUGGGCGCUCGAUUCACUCCGUGCAUGAAGAACACUCCUGGGAUUCAGGACGCCGGCGAAAGUGUCUAUUUCACCUGCCCCAAUGCGACUACGAGCCAACUCACCGAAACUAAAUGUACCCUUUCCGAACUAUGCGGCUUUGGCGGAGUACCGAACCCUGGCAAAGACACCACCUUGAACAGCAACCCGGCCCCAAACCAAUGGUUCCGCUUCAUCCUUCCCAUUUUCUUGCACGGUGGAUUCAUUCACAUUGCUAUCAACCUUUUCGCUCAAAUGUUUAUCUGCACUGAUAUGGAGCGGUUGAUUGGACCUUGGCGAUUCGCCCUGGCCUACUUCGCUAGUGGUAUUUUCGGUUAUGUUCUCGGAGGCAACUACGCUUCGCAGACGGAACCCAGUGUUGGCUGCUCGGGUGCCUUGUUCGGAAUUAUGGCCCUGUUCCUGCUGGAUCUGCUAUACGACUGGCCCAACCGUGAAUCCCGAUGGGUUGAAUUGAUCGUUAUGAUUAUCGGUAUCGCCGUUUCGUUUGUCCUGGGCUUGCUCCCGGACUUGGACAACUUUUCCCAUAUUGGCGGAUUUGUCAUGGGCCUGGCGAUUGGUCUCUGCAUUAUGCGGUCUCCUAACACAUUGCGCGAGCGAAUCGGACUUGCCCGCCAACCGUACGUUGCUAUGAGCGGCGGUGCGGCCAACCCUGAAGCCAAUACCCGCAGAACGACCUCCUUCAAGGACUUCUUCCAUGGUCGCGGAGGUAUGGUCUCUUCGUCGGAUGAUAUGGACGCAUCCAAGAGCCCUCUGAACUUUUUCAAAGGUCGUAAGCCCCUUUGGUGGGCCUGGUGGCUGAUCAGAGCUGGUGCUCUGGUCGCCGUGUUGAUCGGCUUCAUCAUGCUGAUUGUCGACUUUUAUCGUUACCACUCUUCUAACUGCUCUUGGUGCUACCGCCUGAGUUGUCUGCCCGUCAAUGGCUGGUGUGACCAGGCCACCACCACUACGACAACGCAGAAAGCCAAUUAG